AUGGAUUUGCUAAUAGAAAUUGAAUGGACAUACAAAUUCUAUUUAUUGUUUGAUAUUAAAUAAUAAUGAAGAUCUUAUUGUAACUGGUAGUAAUGAUAAGACAAUUAAAUUUUGGUAGAAAUAAAAUGAAUGGUUGUGUUCUUAGACAAUCACUGAUCAUACUUAAUAUGUAGGUGGAUUAAGUUUUAAUGAAUAAUAAAAUAAAUUGAUAUCUUGUGGAAUAGAUACAUUUAUAUUAGUAAUAGAACAAUCAUAAUUGAAUAAAUAAUGGAUGGUAAUAUAAAAGAUUAUAUUGGAAUAAUGUGGACUUCGAUUAUGCUUUAUCGAUGAUAAUACCUUAACAUUCUAACCACUUUAUAAAGAGUAGAUGUAAGUUUUUGAGAUGAAUAGUACUAAUAAAUAAUAUACAAAGACGAAGGAUAUUCUAGUGAAGGGGGGUUCAGAUUUAUGGUUAUUUCCUAAAUAAUAUAUAAAAUAAAAAUGCAUACUUAUUAAUAAGAAUGCAUCAAAUGUGAAUUUAAUAAGGAAGAAACAAAAUGGUGAUUUUAUAGUAGAGUAAUCUAUUGAGUUUGGAACUAGAGGGAUAUUUGGAUGUUUGACUGAUGAUGGAUAGUAUUUGAUCACUUGGGAUGACAAAUCAAAAGAAUAUUAGAUUAGAAAAUAUGAGGAACAAUGA